GAACACACACACACAGGUCGGAAAUUUCAUGUGGAGACGCUUUCGGGGACGUGGGGUGUUUUAAAGAAUGCGGCGUCCCUAUCGCCCUUUGAUUGGAUCCGCUUUCUUCCGCGGCUCCGCCGGUGUUCGAGGGGCGUCUCGUUAACUACAACUGUCUCCACCCACACCCAGACGUCACGUCCAUCUCAUAGAGUGUCAGCCGAACCCCAACCAGUGAAGGGGGCAACCGCCGCAAGAAGCCGCCGCUCGUUGUCUUUGAAUUGACCCCCGGUGUAACCUUUAACUCCCGGUUUCCCCUAUGUCCAGCAGCCACAAUGAAUACAGCUUGAAGCACAUGAGCCACCUUAUGGGCAGCAGGAGGGAGAAGGCAGCGGGCGACGGAGAGCGGAGUCUCACUGGGCCUUCACCCGGGGGCUCCGCCAGCGGUGGGGAUCUCCUGGACCAAGAUGCCUCCACACCGGGGUUCGUCUAUGUUAUGGCGUCUUUCUCUGCCCUGGGAGGACUUCUCUUCGGGUACGACACCGGGGUGGUCUCCGGGGCUAUGCUGCUCCUGAAGAAGGAGAUGAACCUGAACGCCCUCUGGCAGGAGCUGCUGGUUUCCAGUACUGUCGGGGCCGCGGCGCUCUCCGCCCUGAGCGGGGGCUCCCUGAACGGGUGGCUGGGGCGCAGGAUUUGCAUCCUUCUGUCCAGUUUCAUCUUCAGCAUCGGUGGCAUCAUCUUGAGUUUUGCCCCGGACAAGGUGGUCCUUCUUGUGGGCAGAAUCACAGUUGGUUUGGGCAUAGGCAUUGCCUCGAUGACAGUUCCUGUAUACAUCGCCGAAGUUUCCCCGCCUCACCUGAGAGGUCAGCUGGUCACUAUAAACGCCCUCUUCAUCACUGGUGGCCAGUUCAUUGCCAGCGUGGUCGAUGGAGCCUUCAGCUACCUGCGCCAUGACGGCUGGAGGUACAUGUUGGGUCUGUCCAUUCUUCCAGCAGUGCUGCAAUUCGUCGGCUUCUUCUUCCUACCGGAAAGCCCUCGGUGGCUCCUCCAGAAGGGCCGAAGCCAGGAGGCCCAUCAAGUUCUGAGCCAGAUCAGAGAAGGCCAGGCCGUCGACGAGGAGUAUGACGCCAUCCGAACCAGCAUCGAGGAAGAGGAGAAAGAGACGGGUGGAGGAGGCCUCGUUAUUUUUCGGAUCCUCAGCCACGGUCCGACUCGCAGGGCUCUCAUCGUUGGCUGUGGCCUCCAGAUGUUUCAGCAGCUGUCUGGGAUAAACACCGUCAUGUACUAUAGUGCAACCAUUUUGCAGAUGGCGGGUGUGCGGGACGAUAAACAGGCAAUCUGGUUAGCUGCUGCAACUUCUGCUACCAACUUUGUGUUCACCCUGGUUGGAGUCUGGCUUGUGGAGCGAGUGGGCCGCAGGAAGCUGACCCUGUGGAGUCUUUUAGGUACUGGUCUGAGUCUGACUUUGUUGGCAGUUGGGUUCUUGCUGUCUGCCCAGAACUCUCCGCCCAUCACCCUCCACCCGGUCGACUCUCAGAACUCGACCUGCAUACGAUAUGGGUCCUGUGAAUUCUGCAUGUUAGAUCCGAACUGUGGAUUUUGUUAUCGUGAAAACAGAACCGAAGUGUACGACUCCUCCUGCAUUCCUGUCAAUCAAGCGUCCACAGAUCGUGCUGCGUGGGGAAGAUGUUCCAACCAGACAGAGGCAACGGACAGCCCAAUUUGGGCCUACAACUACUGUCCCACACCCUACUCCUGGAUCGUCCUGAUGGGCCUUAUUCUCUACCUAGCAUUCUUUGCUCCAGGUAUGGGCCCAAUGCCUUGGACAGUGAACUCAGAGAUCUACCCACUCUGGGCCCGCAGCACCGGAAACGCCUGCUCAGCCGGGGUCAACUGGAUCUUCAACGUACUGGUGUCUCUGACCUUCCUUCAUGUCGCUGAGUUCCUGACAUAUUACGGGGCGUUCUUUAUGUACACAGGCCUGGUGGUGUUAGGUCUCCUCUUUGUCCAGGGGUGCCUCCCAGAGACCCAGGGCCUGCAGCUGGAGGACAUCGAGAACUUGUUCACCGGUCAGCUUUGCUCCUGUGGAGCCCCCUCACCCAACGGCAGUCGCCACAUCCAGUACAUCCGGGUAAAAGGCAGCAACUACCUCCUCUCUGACAAUGAUGCCUCAGAUGUAGAGUAGACUGGGAAGAUUUCCUUUCUACUAUGUCUUUUGGCUUCCCUGUCUUUUUGAUUGAGGAUUGGAAAGACUGCUGAUGUGGGGAGGAAAUGUAAUCAUGUUGCUCUCUGGUGGCUGCAAUCAACCAGGGCAAAAAAGGUUUGCACUCUCAAGUGAAUGACUAUAACUGACACUUUCGCUUGCGCUGGCGACUCUUUCUAGGUCACCUCUGUUUUUUCUAUCUGUCUUUGUUUCACAUGGGACUUUUUCUGUUUUGCAUUCUCCUCAUUUCACAUUGUUCCUUCAUCAUAAAAAGGAAAACUGAACCAAGGACUGGGGUGAUUAGGGUUCAUUUGAAUAGUGUUGCUGAGAUAAGGAAAUAUGCCAAGAAAGUCACAGUAAAGUCCAGACCAAGUAUUUGGACAGUUACACAUUUUUGUUUUGUUUUUCAGGCUCCUUGCUUCAGCACAUUCAGUAUAAAUUAAAAUAUUCGAUAAGCUUGGAUUCUGUCUUCUAAUAUUUCGUCAAAUUCAUCAAAACUCAUUGGAUGACAUUUCAUCAUUCAGCAGGACAGCGAUCCUAAACAUACAGCCAAAGGGGUUUCAGAGUAAAGAGGUGAAAUAUCUUUGGCCGAGUCAGUCACCUCAACUCAGUCCAACUGAACUGCAUUCCACAUGCUGAAGACCAGACUAAAGGCAGACAGACUGCAGAGCAAGCAAGAGAGGAAGAUGGCUGCAGUGAGGGCCUGGGAGAGCAUCGCCAGGGAAGAUACAAAAUGGCUGCUGAUGUCUAUUGGUCGAAGACUUCAGGCAGUCAUUGACUGCAAAGGAUUUUCCACAGUAUAAUAAAUACAAUGAUUUUCUUUGACUUCAUGUGUAUCUAUCCAAUUACUUUUGAACCCCUUAAUGUUGGGCACUCUGUGUUAAAAGGGCUAUAUCUCCCACAGUUAUUUCUAUACCCAUAUAAACCUACUCAAAGCUGAGACUUGGCGCAUUAUUUUAUUUGAAGUUAAAUAUGCAGAAGCGCAGAACCUGAAGAACAAAAAAAAAAACAAAAAAAAAUGUGUAACUGUACAAAUACUUAUGGUCUGGACAAAAAAACAAAAAAAACUCACAAAACUGAAAAGGAUUAUGGUACUCUUUUAAGGGAGUCUUGUUUUCAACAAACUGAUAAUCUGUAUUUUAAGAACAUGAAUUUUGGGGAAUGAUUAUUGUUUUCCCAGCAACUAGCAUUUUAGAAACAAGUCUGAUUUCAGAAACCAAGUGACAUGGUCGCUGACUAUUUCAAACAGUACAACUGAUUUUUGCCUUAUUUGGAUAUUGGUUCCAAAUUGAAGAUAUAUCACGAUGUGGUCGGACACAUCCUCAGUGAUGUUCUUUAGGUCACUGGGUGUUUCGGUUCUUUCAACAUCAAUCACCCUUGCUCAGGCGACCCAUCCAGGGUAGAUCAGACCCUGGCUUGUGUCCUGGCAGCAUUGGCCUACGGAUCACUCCUUCUGAUCCAAAGCCAUCCGGAGGCCCUCCCUGCAGCAUCCAUGUUGGAAUUGAUGGCUUUACGUUUUUGCAGCCCCAGUGAUGCCGAGUAGAGUGUAGAUCUUGCACAGUGAGCUGCCAGCAAAGUUUCAAUGGGCUCCAAGCGUGCCUUCCAGCCUCUCCUCCAGCACUGAUCCAAAAGCUCCUGUCACUUGGACCGCUUCCGCUCAUUUUCCUCUUCCGUACGGUCCUCCCAGGGAACUGUCAGCUCUAUAAGGAGCACCUGCUUUGAAGAGGUUGAUGAUAACACCAUGUUUGGCCUCAAAGAAGUUGUCAUAACAUGGUCCAGGAAAUUAAGUUGCAUCUCCAAGUCGACUUGCAGCUCCCAGUCUGAAGCACAGGUGAGCAGACCAGCUGCUGAUCUGGGCUGUAACUGAGGCUGUUCGCCAGCCCUGACAAAGGCACUGUUCCUCUGGCCACAGAAAUGGUUGUUGUUGACCACAGCUUUAGAGAUGGCCCGUGCAACUGUCUUCAGCACUUGGUUGUGUUGCCAGAAGUAAGCCCUGGGGUCCUCCCCCAGGGCUGUUAGACAGCUGCUGAGGAUGUGCUUGAGUGAACCUUUUCCGGGGCACAGAGGACAUUGGGGAGAAUCACUCUUGCCCCAGACGUGGAGAUUUGCUCGGCUAGGUCAGCCAUCAUACACAGCUUGAACUAUGAACUUGAGGCUCCGUUGAGGCUCUGCCUGCCAGAUAUCAGUCCAGGAUAUCUUCCCCUCCAGCGCACCCUCCCACUUAGUCCAUGCUCCCUGCCAUGGGCCUUAUCAUAGCAAAGUUAUGAGAUGACUCCCAAACCUGCCUGUCCAGUUGCCACCAUGCCUGACAAAGCCCUGUGUCUCAGCCAAGACUGUCUCCAGGCCUUCCUGAGCUGUUGUCCACCAUUUUUCCCCUCUUCAACAACAUGGCCCUGGAAUUGGCAGGUUUAAAACUCAUCCGUGCCCUGGAGAUGAGCGUUUUCAUUCCCUGGAUGAUCCACCUACCAGCAGGCACCAGUGAUGAGGUGACAGUGAGGUCAUCCAUAAAGGCUCUGAUGGGGGUCUACCAAACGCCAGGCUUGGACAGAGGGCCUCUGCAUGGCCAAAAGGGCUCUGAGGGGCCCUAGCUCUUGCUGUCUGUCAGGGUCGCUCAGAGCGUUGUGCAGGAAGUAAUCUACUUCCUCCUUUGAGCAGGCUUCCCUGAGGGUAUGUCUCCGGGGGUUGGUCUUUUGCUUUGUUGGGUUCUUCCUCACAGAAUAUGCAGGUUGGGCUACUACACUUUCCUGCCACGGUUGCUGUCUUUCCGAGCAGUCGACGCUCUCUCCAGUUGUCACCAAUCCUCUUUUGGUGGUCACAUGACCUGUUCCUGAGCAUCACUGGCAGAGCCAGAAGCCUGCUGAUCUGGGCUCUUAUUGAGGCUGCUCACCAGCCCUGACAAAGGCAAUGUUCCUCAAGCUUCUUGAUGGUUGCUUGGAUUGCUUGGAGGCUACAGUCAAAGACCGUGCCUAGGCUCUUGACUGGUAUAUAUGUAUAUUCAGUAGAACUCUUUCAAAACACAUUCCUCUUAAAGUCACUAAUGUGGAUUUUAUCUUUUAAUCUGUGCUGGUGUAAGUAAAUCAGCUGACUGUGGGUUGCUGCUAUUGUCUACACAGUGAGUGAGACUGCACUUUUUAAAAACCAAAAAGGUGUCUUUUAAGAUUUUUAUAUGUCAGAUUGUGAGAAUGAGUUGCCUACAGGGGACCUAUUAUGCUUAUUUCCAGCUCUAUAUUUUUAAUCCUGGACUCCACUAGAGUAGCUUUUUGAAUCACAGUUCAAAAAAGAAGUCCUUAUUUAUCCCAAAAUAUCGGAAUUUAGCUUAGCACACUGUGGAUAUGGUCAAACAGUGCCAAAGCCAAAAUAACUAAGUACUGCAUUAAUGUGCCAAAUGCACUAAGAGCUUUCCUGCUAUGCUACAAAACUGCUAAAUAUUCCUUUUUAAUGUUCAAUCUCAUUUCCUUGUUUCUGCAGAUCAGAUAAUUAUGACCAGGCAGCCCUGAACAGCAUAAGUGUUUACACUUUGAUUAUAUGCCCAUUUAGUGGUCCUGGUAGCAUCUAAAAACCACAAGCUUUCUUAUUAAAGGUUUUUUGAUACAGUCUUGUUCUUAUUACAAUGCAAGCUAGAAAUUGCCAAUUCUGAGCAACUGGUCAGUGUUCCUUUUUAAAUGUUUUAUUAAGGGACAAUUUUAAUUUUGUUUGUAUUAUUAUAGGAUUAUCACCAACGUCUGGUAAGGUUUGAAGUAGUUUUAUGAUGUGUGAAAUGUGUGAAAGCUUUUUGGGAACAAAAGAUGCUCAGUUUUCUAACUACAUAUCUCAUGACUACAGAUCCAUAAUCCUCUGACAUAAUGUCAUAUUUGCUGUGAAAACUCAUUUGUAAUAUGAUAGCAGUGACAUCACCCAGCCACUAUGCGUCUAAUUGAUUACCAGCCUCUGUGAGAAAUCAAAAAAGGAAGUAGUGUCGCAUUUUGUAUGGGGAAAAUGUGCAGUAUAAAUGUGGUGACAGAUAUUUUAAAUACCGACACUGCCAUUUUGUACAACGGACUCAAUUUAUCCUCAGGUGAACAAGAAUAUUCAAAGGGACGUUUGUAAGAAACCCACGGUUCCGGGUUGAAGGAUGUUUGCGGGGCAUAGAUCCAUUUUAACCUAAUGACAAAUGACUGGUGUGUCCAUUUUGGUACUGUCAUUCAUAUUUCUUACAUGAAACGUUCAUGCUGUAUAUAAAAUUCCAUGUCUCUUUGAUCAUGCUUGUUUUCUUUCGUAUGAUCUUUGGGAAAUAAACAGACACAUAUUGGAGCAAUGUGAUC